UCGUAAAACUAGUGCAAUACGAUUAAAAGAAGGUCGUGUUUAUUAAAAAAUAAGAAGUACAAAUAUCAUAAAUUUUUGUGAAAUGGAUAUCGCUAAAUCUUUGUUCAAUGUUCGUGAUCAUGAAGGUUAUGUUGGAAAAGAAGAUCAUAAUAAAAAAUUGGAGACAGCUAUGUCUGAAGAUGAAUUCGAAGUGGAAGUCACAGGAUUGUGCGGAGAAAUUUUAUCACCUGCUCCUGGGGGUCCAUUUUCUGCUUUGACACCAUCCAUGUGGCCCCAAGACAUUUUAGCUAAAUUAAAUCAACCAGACGAUCCUAAUUCCCAACCAGAGUAUAGGUUCGAUGAAUUUGGUUUUCGUGUGGAGGAGGAAGAUGGUCCAGAGCAAAGCUCAAAAAAAUUGUUAGGUAUUCCGUUUGUUGAGGAUCCCCAACAUAGGUUACAAUGGGUUGCUCUAUUAGAAUUUAGUCAUAAUAAAGAAGUAACAGAAAUUUCGUGGCAAAAUUUGGAUAGGAGAUUACCUCGCACAGACAAACUGCGUGAUAUGGUCCGUCAUGGUGUACCUCAUUCGCUUAGGCCCCAAAUUUGGAUGAGAAUGUCAGGAGCAUUACAAAAAAAAUGUUCCACUGAAAUGAUAUACAAAGAUAUAGUAAAAACAUCCGAUAAUGACGCUUUAAUGACUAAUAAACAGAUAGAAAAGGAUCUACUUCGUAUUAUGCCUGCCAAUGCAUGUUUUAGCCAUCUUCAUAGUACUGGAAUACCACGUUUGAGACGCGUUAUGCGAGCUCUUGCUUGGUUAUAUCCUGAUAUUGGGUACUGUCAAGGUACAGGAAUAAUAGCUGCUUCUCUCUUAUUACUCUUAGAGGAAGAAGAUACGUUUUGGAUGAUGGCUACAAUAGUAGAAGAUUUACUGCCAGCAUCUUACUAUUCUUCGACAUUAUUGGGUAUUCAAGCUGACCAAAGAGUACUUCGUACAUUAGUAUCUAAUUAUCUUCCUGAUAUAGAUCAGGUUCUGGUUCAACAUGACAUAGAGCUAAGUUUAAUAUCCCUACACUGGUUCCUAACUUUAUUUGCUUCUGUUGUACAUAUGAAAAUAUUACUACGGAUAUGGGAUAUGUUUCUUUUCGAUGGAUCUAUAGUUUUGUUUCAAGUUACACUUGGACUGUUAAAAUUUAAAGAAUCUGAAUUAAGACAACUGGAAAAUUCUGCACAAAUAUUUAAUGCUCUCUCAGAUAUACCAGGAGAUAUCGACGAUGUAGAACAAUUAUUUAACGUAUCUUUAGAAGUAAGUGGAUCAUUAACAGACGUUCUGGUCGAAACCCACAGACGUAGACAUUUAGCAUAUUUAAUGGCUCUUCAGGGAGGAUUAAUAGGUAAUCCCGAUGCUGUACUAAAUUUACCAAAACAGCAUCUCAAUAGGCGUCAAAUGAAAAGAACUAAAUCGAUGCUACAAACAUUCUUAUUUGGAAAUUACGAAAAUGAAGAUGAUGCGAAAUCGAAAAAUAUUCGUCAAACUGAAAUAUUGGUGGAUUUAAGAGAAGCUGUUUUGCAAGUUGCUAGACAUUUUAUAAAUGUAGAUCCAAAAUUAAGUACUAUUAUACUUAUCGCAGAUUACACUAUGGAGAGCCAUGCAAAGGAUCAUGAUAAUUAUGUCAAUGUAUCACGUACUAGAAAGAGAAGAGCCAAAGCACUAUUAGAUUUCGAAAGACACGACGAUGAUGAAUUAGGUUUCCGAAAAAAUGAUAUAAUCACGAUUUUAAGUCAAAAAGAUGAACAUUGUUGGGUUGGAGAACUCAACGGAUUAAGGGGGUGGUUUCCUGCGAAAUUUGUAGAAUUAUUAGAUGAAAGAAGUAAACAAUACACAUGUGCUGGAGAUGAUGCCGUUAGCGAAGCUGUAACUGAUUUAGUUAGAGGAACUUUAUGCCCUGCUAUAAAAGCAGUAUUAGAACAUGGAAUGCGUAGACCGUCGUUUUUAGGCGGGCCUUGCCAUCCAUGGCUUUUUAUAGAAGAAGCUUCAAACAGAGAAGUAGAAAAAGAUUUCAAUUCCGUCUAUAGCAGAUUAGUACUAUGUAAAACAUACAGAUUGGACGAAGACGGUAAAGUUCUUACGCCAGAAGAGUUAUUAUAUCGAUGCGUUCAAUCAAUAAAUUUAACACACGAUAAUGCUCAUGCGCAAAUGGAUGUAAAAUUACGGUCUCUCAUUUGUCUGGGAUUAAACGAACAAGUGUUACAUUUAUGGCUCGAAGUUUUGUGUUCUUGUGUAGAGAUUGUACAAAAAUGGUAUCAACCAUGGAGUUUUAUAAACAGUCCUGGAUGGGUACAAAUUAAAUGCGAAUUGAGAAUAUUAAGUCAGUUUGCAUUUAAUUUAAAUCCGGAUUGGGAAUUGCCACCUAAGAAGGAACAGUCGCAACCUUUAAAAGAUGGUGUCCGCGACAUGCUGGUUAAACAUCAUUUAUUCAGUUGGGAUCUUUAGCGCACGACAUGAGAAAUAUUAAUAAUAUUUGUAUUACAAACUUCUCGCGUAUCACAUGCACCAGCAACAAAAAAUAUUAGAAUUUACAUUGUGUAUGUGUAUGUGUGAAAGCCUAUAUGCAUGUUGCAUGAAAAUACAAUAACAUAAUACUUUCACAUUUUUAUGUAUCACAUUUAAAUUAUUUGAGCUUUACUGUUAGUCGUAAACAAAUGUCAGAAUUUUAAUUAUCUAAUUUGUUAUUAAACUAAUUCA